AGUCUCACAAAGGAUUUGCAAGCGAAACGCAUUCAGCUUGUUUGGAAUCCUACCACCAUGACCGUAGCAUAUCCUGCAGAGCCACCUCAAAUGUUGAAGUCCACCUCUCCAUGAUGCAGCGAGUCCCUCAUCAUGAUGAUGCUCUGUUUUACAGUUACCGCUUCAGUUUUCUCCUGUCUGAGUCUGGGUUAACAGGAGCGCAGCCCAGUGUGACAUCAUAUUGUACUUGUUUCUGCCCAGCUCUGAAUCCGCCCUCCUCCAUAAUUCCAGAUCCAGCUGGGUGUGUAAUGCUGCAGAGCAGAGAUGGAAUGCGUGAUUCAAGUUACCAGUAGUUGUUUCAUUAUUCCACACAUCUUACACAUUUGUAUCAUUCCAAAGUAGGUGGCUGUGCACCCCGCUGUUAAACACAUUUGAGUAAAGAUGUCCGCAGCUCUAAGCUGGUGUACUAAAUAAAUAACCUGUCUGGUCUGUCAUGAGAAUAUGAAAGAGUCGUCCAAUGUUCUAUUGGUCUGAACCGCUUUACUUGACUCUGAUUCAAGCAUUAAACCAAAUGUCUGAGUCAGGGGUCACCAACCUCUUCGUUCUUAGCCCAACUGACUCCAGCUCAUAGUCACUGGCGUCCACUCGCUUCCCCUCCGCGCACCCUCCUCAGCAUCCCUCCCUCUGUAUAAAGCGGAGAAAUCCCGCCUACGUUGCAGACUGAGGACUUGUCUCCUGCGCUCCAGAGAUGACCGACCCUGUGGUCACAUCCACAAACUUGAUCAAGAGAGCCAUUUCUGAGUGAAGUUUUUGUAAAACUGAUUUUUAAUCCUUAAAUCCAAGACCGCAGGGAGUUGAAGAAGAUGCUAUCCAGCGUCCGUCGGCACAGCCUCCGCCUGCAGUCAGAGCUGCACCGCUGGAGCAUCUGCGACCCCGGAAACCACCGGCUGCAGGACGGGCUCCUGGCACGGGUGCCCGCCUGUAUUGCCCGUUCCAGGUCCUGCACUAGCACCACGGGGGACUUGGACGGCACUCGCACUUGCUGGUCGUCCUCGGACUCGGUCAUUUCUUCCGGAGAGGUAGCCGGACCCGAGAGCCCGUACAGGGUCGUUCUGCUCGGGGCGAGUGGAGUCGGCAAGACAGCCUUCGCUGGCAUCUUCUCCGGGGCGGCGGACAGCAUGGACAGCGACGACUGUGAGCUGUGUGGAGAUGAACUGUGUGAGAAGGAGAUUGAAGUCGAUGGCGAGCCGGCAACCGUCACUCUUGUGGACACGUGGGAUGUUGAAUCGGACGGCGAUUUGUCAGAGGAGCCUUGCAUCCAGAUCGGUGACGCGUACCUGCUGCUUUAUUCAAUUACAGACCGUGUUUCAUUCCUGCGUGCCUCCGAGCUACGUAUAUCCCUGCGCCGCCUGCGUCCUGCCCAACACACACCCAUCAUCCUGGUGGGCAACAAGUGUGACCUGGUGCGACGAAGAGAGGUGUCCACGAGUGAGGGUCGAGCCUGUGCCGCUGUGUUUGACUGCAAGUUCAUCGAAACAUCCGCAGCCAUGCAGCACAACGUGUGGGAGGCUUUUCACGGCGUUAUUAGACAGCUACGUCUUCGCCGAGACUCCUGCAAGCGACGCAGGCAUUCCACAUUAAACAAGCGCAGAGAGAGCCUGCCUCUGAAGGCCAAACGCUUUUUGGACAAGAUGGUGGCGAAGAACAACCCGUGUGUUGCAUUCUGGGUCAAGUCCAAGUCCUGUCAUGACCUCACUGUUCUGUAGGACGUUUUGAUUGAAAACAUUCAAUGAUGGACCUGCAACUCUCCGUGCCAGAUUUUUACCUUGAAAAAAUAGCAUUUGUUGUAGUUGUUUUUUUCUUCUUUGCAUCCAUUUGUUACAAACAGGUUUGGUUUUCAAAAUUCAAAACAUUGAUAUUACAUAAGACACAAAUAAAUGGGAAAAAAUGUUUUGUAAUUUCCUUUUACCCCCCACAAUGAACUAGGUGCACUAUAUUUUGAAUGGAAAAUGAAUUGUACACAAAACAAUAACUGUCAAAAGUCGAUUCAUAAGCAGACUUGAAUGAAUGCUCAAGGUUUUGUCAUGGAAAUGAAGUUGGAGCUGCCAAGUAAUAAAAUUCUCCCACAAAUAUCUGCUGAAACAAACCAAAAGGUGUCAGUCACACCAGCAUCUUUCAGCUGAUGUUUAAACAAGAAAUGUGGAGGAAGACGAAUAUUUUUUUUUUCAAAUUUUCAAAGUGCGGUACUUAUGUAACUACACAAGCUGCUUGAAUCUUGCUUCUGUGGCAGUGUUUUGAUGUUGUUGAUUUUAAUAAAUGGGCAGAGGACUGUCCUGUCAUGUGGGUCUGACUGACAUUCACAACAUGGAUGACUCAGCAGCAACACAAAAGAGAACACUUGCUCAACAGCUGCAGUGCUAGCAGGAGAUGAGUCACUCUCAUGCUGUGAAGGAGUUGAAGUGACAAAAUAUGCUUCCGGGAGUAGAUAUGUAUUGAAACAUAUAGAUAUGUUUGAUGGUGUUUUGGCUGAAAUACAUUUGACUUCAGUCUCCUUCAACUUGCUCUGGUAAAAUACCAGAGGUAUUCUAAAAAAUCAUCAUCAGUAAUCUCUGCCUUGUCUUCAAGUUGUCCGGAGAGUAUCGUAGAUAACUGGCCAUAGUGCACCCUGAGUGUCCGCUAUUUUCUUGUAGAAUAAAAAGGAACACUUGCAUGUUUACUGUUGGCUGUGAAGCGUGUGUAACGCCUUGUUCAUGAAAGCUUUAGUGUUCAUCCCUUUGUAUCUGAGCUGACUUCAGAUGACUCCUUAUUUUUGGUUCUGAUAGAGAAAUAAGGUGUGUUCAGCUCGCGACCCGAGUCUUGUCCACCUGAUGACGGCUACUUUAAGACAUGCUUCUUCGUGGGUCACAACUCAGCUGUUUCCAUGUCACGCCUCAAGCUGAGUAGGAGAAACAGGACAUGGGAAGGCUGCACAGCAGGGGCCAGUGGAACCCGAGACAAAGUCCACAGUGUGAAGAGCCCCGCAAUGAUGACUUUAUCUGAUACUCAUUGAUUACUGUCACUCUCGAGUCGGCUCUGGAACUACUACAAGUCGGAACAACUCAGUAAUGCGGCGGCCUAAUUGGCUUCUCUCAAAGCCGAGUCAUCAUCAUAACUCUUUUAACAUGGGCUCAGGGUACGAAGCAUGGGAAACAUGAGACGUUCCACUCAGUCACAAAUGUGUAGCUCACAUCUUAGUAAAUCUCACACCCUACAAUAGUGGGGCGCUCUUUAGACCUUCCAAUACCUUAAAGGCCUUGCUGUUGUCUGCUGACUCUUAUCAGCAGGAUUCAUGCUACAAGUCAAAGUCCUGAGUCCUGGACUGAGCCUAUGUACCAGAUAAUCAUCUCUUAUUGCUACAAUAAUGACACAUCUGGGUUGGAUCUUUCAGUGUUUAUUAGUUCUUGACCGAUUUAUGCUUCAUAACCUUGUGCUGUUCUUCCUGCCUUUCCCUCUCCUUCUCUCUCAUUGGCUGCCUGUGAGUAGACAAUCAUUAGAUUCAAUAAAACAUUAGUGGUUAGCAUGGUUAAAGUUUGACCGGAGAACUCUUCCGGCUUGCAGGAUCUUGGGAGUCAGUCUCUUCUGACUCCUCCGGUGAGGUAAGACUCUAUGACUUUCUGGUUCAAUCUUAAAUCAUCUCAAAUGUUGUGAUCAGAAUGUGAAGAACACAAUGUACCUCGCUGGGAUAGUAAGUUUUAUAUUUGACGCCGGCAGUGCUUCUGAACGUCUGUCUUUUGGUGUAGCUGUUUGACUUUGAAGGGUCAUGAGUUGGAACUUGGAUCUAAUGGUGGACCUCAAACCAGAACUCACGUAUCUACCGAAAUGUUGAGCUUUAUUGUGACAUUCCCUUCCAAGAAGACAUUUGUUAAAUAUUUGAAGUCGUAAACGUGCAUGUGUCUUACUGUGCAGGCCAAAACUAAAUAAAUAAAAAUGCCUGUUCUCAUGAUGAAUGAUUAUUUGAUUUGGUCAGAACAAUACCCAUUCCUAUGUUUAU